UGUAAGUGUGGUGAAGCCAAAUAAAUGUAAUAUSUGCCUGCCAUACKAUGAGCUUCUGCCUGUUGAACUGACCCACUGCUGCUCUCUCAUCUUCAUCAUCAGAGCAGAGCAGACUGCUCCAUCAGUCACUUCCUGUUUUGGCUAAAUUUAAAAGCCGGUUUCAUGUUUUGACUUCCUGUUUGUUGUGAUUUCAGCUCAAAGAUGGCCUCCGUGUUAGGGGCGGAGCUCUCCUGUCCUGUCUGUCUGGACAUCUUCAGAGACCCCGUCCUCCUGUCCUGCAGCCACAGUUUUUGUAAAAGCUGCCUGAGAGGCUGGUGGACGCAGAAAGGACAACGUAAGUGUCCUGUCUGUAACUGCGUCUCUGCCGGGACGGCGCCGACCCGCAACCUGGUGCUGAAGAACACCUGCGAGGCCUUUCUGCAGGCGCRAGAACACGACGCCGUGGACCUCUGCGGCCUGCACUCAGAGAAGCUGAAGCUGUUCUGCGUGGACCACCAGCAGCUGGUCUGUCUGGUCUGCAGGGACUCGGAGACCCACAGAAACCACAGGUUCAGGCCCGUCAAUGAGGCCGCUCGGGACCGCAGGGACGAGCUGCGCAAGUCUUUGGCCCCCCUGGAAGACAAGCUGAAGCUUUUUCAAGAAGCGAAGGGAAACCUGGAUCUAACUGCRGAACACAUCCGGCUCCAGGCCCGGCGGUCCAAGACCAGGAUCAGGGGCGCGUUUGAGGCAAUGCACCAGUUUCUGCACAGAGAAGAGGCGACCAGGAUGAGCGUUCUGAAGGAGGAGGAGGAGCAGAAGAGUCGGGCGGUCAAGGAGAAGGCGGAGCUCCUGAACUGGAAGGUGGCGUCUCUGUCGGGGACGAUCAGCUCCACGAAGAAGUCCCUGAGUUCUGACGACGUCUCAGUCCUGCAGGGGUACAAGAUCAAGCGGCGGAGAGUCCAGUUCUGCCGCCUGCUGCAGCGCCCCCGGUCUGACCCGGGGGCUCUCGUAGACGAGGCCAAACAUCUGGGCAACCUGCAGUUCAACACCUGGAAACGGAUGAGGGCAACGGUGUCCUCCACGCCUGUGGUUCUGGACCCGAACACGACCAAAGCAGAACUGUCCGGACGUCUGACCCAGGUGCAGAWCAAACAUCAGAGGCUUCCUGACGUCCCGGAGAGGUUCGAUUGUCCCCACGUGGUCCUGGGCUCUGAGGGCUUCACYAAAGGGACCCACAGCUGGGUGGUCCAUGUCGGGAUCAGCCAUAUGUGGUUUGUGGGCGUGGCCUCAGAGACGUUCAAGAAGAAGGGGGUCAUGGAUGUACGCCAGGGACUGUGGGCCGUACGCUUCCUCUGUGGCAAAUACACCAUGCUGUCCCACCUGAAGAGCUCCAACGUCCACCCGGAGACCCGGCUGCAGAAGAUCGGAGUUCUCCUGGACCUGGACGAGGGACAACUGUCCUUCUAUGAUGCCACAACAAAAAAACGCCUUUCCAACAUCAGGCACUGUUGGACCGAGAGGAUGUUCCCAAUCCUCUACACAGGAAGUCACCUCCCUCUGACCAUCCUGCCGGAGAAGCUGGACGUCGGUGAAGACGUGCGAGACGUUCCUGACCUUCACACCGGACCGCCCGGCCUGUCCUCUGCAUCUAGACCUGGUGGACAGGUCUGAAACGAGAUUAAAAUGUAAAAAAAAAAUUAGAAAGUUAAAUUUCAUAUUUGUUUCCUCAAACGUUCAACUAAGUAGAGCAAAAGAAAAACGAUGUCUGUUUGUCUGUGCUGUUAGCAAAAUAUCUCCUGAACCACUAAUCUUUUGGUUGGUGUCUAAAAACAGAAAAAGACGGACAAAUGAUCUUAAAAAACUGAGAAAUGAUUAAAACUCAGCAGAUUUUUACAGUCUUGGAGCUAAGAUUUGUUGCGGUUGUAAUGCUUCAACCACUCAAACAUUUAAUUUAUUUUUAUCGAACCUGACCACCAGGGGGCAGAAGUGUCCAGGAAAAACGAUGCAAUGCAACACAUUCAUCAGCAUAAAAAAGACCAGAAUAAACUGGCCCAGAUUUAGAUUUUUGGUCUUUAGGCAGGAUAAAAAAAAACUCCUGUGACAAAACAAGAAGCACUAAAUACAAUAUUUUAAAUCUAAAUAUGUCUUGAACUUUAAUCGUCUCAGUCCAUCUACAUCUGAUGAUUAUUUCUGGAAAGUUUCAUUUAAAUCCGUCCAAUGUUUCAGGUGAUAUUUUGCUGACAAAGAUCAGUGUUGGGGAUCAGUUUCAGCUUCUACCUCAGUAUUUGUAAUAAACACUGAGCUGUAAUCAUUUGUUGUUGUUGUUAGAAGUGGCGGCCAUCUUGAAUCGGGUUGAUACCAAAGGUUAUCGAAGUUAUCGUGCGCGUUGAUGACUGUGAAGUUUUGUUUUUUAUUUUAUUAUUCAUUUGAGGAAAGUAAAUGUUCAUUUUAUGUUCAAACGAAUCGACUCGCCCUGCUGAAGCGGUGAGAAAUUGUAAUUCUGUGGUGCAUCUGGAGACGCUAACAAAUGUGACUCCUGCUGAUGAUGUCAUCAGUC